GCACGUGCUCACUUUCCCUCCUUGCAUCGACCUGUUCUUCAACGGAUAGUUGCACCACGCCCUCAACUGCCCCUUGCUUACUUCAAACUUCCCUUUUCUGUACGUGACCGUUUUCCUGCAACAACAACAAAAUGUCAGACGACAAAGAGAAAGGAACCGUAGAGUCGAAGACGGAUAUCAAGGCAGAUGUCCAAGCACCGGUCGAUGCAGUCUCAGGCUCUCGUGAGGUGCCCUUGGAUGCGAAUCUGGGAGGCAAGAGUCGUUGGGAGCGCAGUUGGCCAACCAUUGCCUGUGGUGCUGGGCUUUUUUCUGAUGGAUAUCUCAAUGGUAUAAUCGGACCUGUCAAUACCAUACUCAAGAGACUUUAUCCGACUGAAUAUGCCAACUCGCCCGCAAGCCAGAACGUUUCAUCAAUCACUUUUGCGGGAACAGUGGUUGGCAUGCUGAUAUUUGGAUACACAAGUGAUCAUUGGUCACGUAAAUGGUCGUUGAUGAUAUCCACUAUCAUUCUGUUCAUCUUCGCUGCUUUAUGUGCUGGCGCAUACGGCUAUAACAACAGUCACUAUGGCCUGUUUGCCGCGUUGACAGCCUACCGUUUCUUCUUGGGAAUAGGAAUCGGUGGGGAAUAUCCAGCAGGAAGUGUGGCCUGCGCCGAGAACACCGGGGAAUUGAAGCAAGGUCAUCGAAACCGAUGGUUUGUCAUGUUUACCAAUUUUCAGAUCGACUUUGCAUAUGUCAUUUCUGCAUUGGUUUCUAUGAUAUUGGUUUUGAUUUUCACCGAGGAUCACCUACGCGCAGUGUGGCGUGUUGGGUUGGGACUGGGUGUAAUACCCCCUCUUAGUCUGAUGUAUUUGCGAUUGAAGCUUGAAGAGCCUGAAGAGUUCGACCGAGAGCGCAUGCACACUUUCCCUUUAUGGCUAAUUGUGAAGUUCUACUGGAAGCGUUUGGCUGUGCUCUCCCUCAUCUGGUUCCUGUAUGACUUCUCUUCCUAUUCAUUCAGCAUAUACUCCUCAGACUGGUUAGCCAUUAUCCUAGGGGAUAGUGCUCCCCUUUGGAAGAGCUUCGGUUGGACUACUUUGACCUACACAUUCUACAUUCCAGGAUCCUUUCUUGGUAGUCUGUCCAGUGACUGGAUUGGGCCCCGCAACACUUUGGCUAUUGGCGUACUUUUCCAGGGUAUCGUUGGAUUCAUCAUGUCCGGCUGCUAUGAGUAUCUUUCGACCCCAAAGAAUGUGGCGGCGUUUGUCGUGGUCUUCGGAAUCUUUUCCAGCCUUGGGGAAUUCGGUCCCGGUGAUAACAUCGGCCUUUGCUGUGCGAAAAGCAGCGCAACCGCGGUCAGAGGUCAAUUCUAUGCCAUCGCUGCUGCUUUCGGAAAGAUCGGUGCUUUUGUGGGCACUUAUGUGAUUCCAAUCAUACAGAAAAACGCCCCAAACCCAGUCCGCAGCGGGCAGGAUCCGUUCUUCGUCUCGAGCUCCCUGUGCAUCUUCAGCGCGGCGUUGGCAUACUUCCUUUUGCCACAGAUUGGCCAGGACACAAUCACCGAAGAAGAUGCUAAAUUCCGUGCUUAUCUCGAGUCUCAUGGAUAUAACACAAGCCUGAUGGGGACCCAUGAGAGGCCUGAGGAGCAGUAAGCUAAAUUUUUGACCCUGCACUGACCUGUCAACGCGUAUGGUG